AAAGACAAGAGUAGUCUGUAUCUUUGAAUGUGACGUACACCAUUUGGUUUAUAUAUAUAUUUAUGAUAUCGUUCCAAAUCUAUGUACUACACUAGAGAAACAAUGAAUUUUCCAAGAUCAGCUAGUCCUUCAGUUUCUCAGGCGAGUCCAGAUCUUGUAGAAAACCAACGUCAGUCCUCUUCUGGAGAGUUCUCAAGAUUGGAAAAACGAAUCGGAGCGAAAAAGAUAACGUUUCACUCCAAGUCUAUGCCACGAGGUUCCAUGUUUCAUGACCAUGAAGCUUUAAGAAACUCCAAGGACAAGAGGUAUGACCUAUUCAGGACCAUGUCAGGAAAGCUCGAACGUCAGAUAUCAAAUCUACGUGGAAAACCCAUUGACACUUCGUUGCAGGAUAAAGAGAUCACUGAGUCUCUCACCGCUGAGAGAUUCUUAGACGCUCUUCAAGGCCCUGAACUUGAAACUCUCAAGGAGAAGGAGACGAUAGUGUUGCCUGAGGACAAAACAUGGCCAUUUCUACUUAGGUUUCCAAUAACAUCUUUCGGGAUGUGUCUUGGAGUAAGCAGCCAAGCCAUCAUGUGGAAGACCUUAGCAACCACAAAGACUGAGAAGUUCUUGCAUCUCACGCAAGUGGUCAACCACGUCCUUUGGUGGAUCUCUCUCGUCCUCCUCAUCUCCUUCUCCAUUACAUACCUCUUCAAAACCAUCUUCUUCUUCGAGGCGGUGCGCCGCGAGUUCAAGCAUCCCAUCCGUGUCAACUUCUUCUUCGCACCUCUCAUAUCAAUCCUCUUCUUAGCACUUGGAAUCCCACAUUCCAUCACCACGAGUCUCCCUUCUAUGCUUUGGUACUUCUUUAUGGCUCCUAUCUUGCUUCUUGAGAUGAAGAUUUACGGACAGUGGAUGUCUGGUGGACAACGACGCCUCUCCAAAGUUGCUAACCCUACGAAUCACCUUUCCAUUGUUGGUAACUUUGCUGGAGCACUUCUUGGAGCAUCACUGGGGUUGAAAGAAGGACCUAUGUUCUUCUUUUCAGUAGGGUUGGCUUAUUAUUUGGUCUUGUUUGUGACUCUUUAUCAGAGACUUCCCACAAACGAAACCUUACCUAAAGAGCUUCACCCGGUCUUCUUUCUCUUUGUGGCUGCACCUGCUGUAGCUUCAAUGGCUUGGACCAAGAUAUCUACCUCUUUCGAUAUUGGCUCGCGCAUCGCUUACUUCAUCUCCUUGUUCUUGUACUUCUCUCUGGUUGUUCGGAUUAACUUUUUCCGCGGAUUCAAAUUUUCCCUAGCUUGGUGGGCUUACACGUUUCCAAUGACGGCGGUGGCCACCGCGACAGUAAAAUAUUCAGAGGAAGUCACCGGAUUAGCUACUCAGAUACUGUCAGUUUUGUUGUCGGGAGCAGCAACAUUGACGGUGUUAGGUGUCCUGGUAUUGACGCUGGUGCACGCUUUUGUCCAACGUGAUCUAUUCCCCAAUGACUUCGCCAUUGCAAUAAGUGCAGAGCAACCAAAGCAGAAGAAAUGGUUGAAACAGUUCAUUAAUGGAAGUCGAGGAGAUAGUAUGAGAGGUCUCAAGGUUUUGGACCCGAAAGAUAGUCAAAUAGAUAUAGAAGCCCCUCCUUUAUCAAAUGCAGUGUGUCACACGGUUUAGUUAGCCAAAAGUAUUUAACUUAGAGGUAUGAAUGAAACAAAAGUAUAAGCAAUUGAUAAAACUAAAAACAAAGUACACAUGGUUGCAGCUUCGUCAGACUUAGGCUGAUGAGGUUUACUCUCGCAGUUACUAUCGUUCCCAUGUCUAUGACUAACGUAUAAGAAGACACAAGGUUUUAACAAGACAGCUCCACCAAAGUCAGUCUCUUGCUUGAUUCUGCUGGCCAACUUGCAAAAAAACUCUAUGAUCAAAUGGUUCUUGACACAUGAGUAGUUGUAUCCUUGUCCUACUAAUCAGAAAGACAAUUUCCAUUGAAGUGGAAUGUUAUCAUGUGAGGUAGAAAAAUCCUCAUUUGAUUUUCAAUUUCUUCUUCUCCUUUGAUUCUUCAUUAAUUUACAUCC